GGAGCUGCAGAGGAGCCUCAGUGUCCACACUUCUUCUGCUUCUUCUCCUCAUCGUGGUUACAUUGGACCUGCAUCAUGUCUCAGCCAGGAGCUUACAGCAGCCAGUCCUUCUCACCCAGCAACACCGGAGCCGCCAAGAGACAGAGUCAACCCAGCCUCAACAACAUCAACUCCACCGGCAAGACCAGAGAGAAGGAGGACAUGGUGGGACUCAACGACAAGUUUGUCAAGUUGAUCGACAAGGUGAAGAACCUGGAGGACGAGAAUAAGAAGCUGGACACCAAGCUGAAGAUCCUCAAGGAGCAGGAGGCGUACGAGGGCAAGGUGGAUGCCGUCGUGAGGCAGCUGGAGAACGAGCUGGAGCAGCAGAUCGAGAACCUGCUCCACGACCAGGAGAAGCUGCAGGCGGAGCUCCUUAAGAACCAGGAGGAGUUGGAGGACAGCAAGCGGCGGUAUGAGGACGAGAUUGUAAAGAAAGCUGAUGUGGAGAAUGAUUUUAUUGUCACCAAAAAGGAAGUAGAUGAAGGUCACUUGGAGGAAGUAAACUUGGUUCUGGAGCUGGAAGACCUGAUGGGAAAACUGGAAUUUCUCAGAGUGGGAUAUGAUGAGGAGAUCAAAGAGCUGGAAUCCCUGGUCCAGAACAAGACGGUGAUUCUUCCUGACAACAGCAAACGGUACCUGGACAUGGACGAGAUCGUGGAGACUGUGAAGAACCAGUACGCCAGGGUGGCUGCUCGCACCAGAGAGGAGGCCGAGCUGUGGAACCAGAGGAAGAUGGAUGCCUUGGUGGUAAGUGCAGGACAACAUGAGCAGGACGUGCGUGAAUUGAAGAGGGAGAUAUCUGAUACUCAGCGUCUCAUCCAGAGACUCAAUGGAGACAUGGAAGUUCUCAUAAGGAAGGAAGAAUCUCUGAAGAAGGACAUCAGCAGCUUGAGGACAGAAGGGGACAAAAACCUGGAAAAGGCGCGAGAGGACAUCGCUCAGCUGGAGGAGGCUUUGAAGCGCGCCAAGCACGACCUGACCGGACAGAUCAGAGAACACCAGGAGCUGAUGAAUCUGAAGCUGGCCUUGGACAUCGAGAUCGCCACGUACCGCAAGCUGCUGGAGGGCGAGGAAGAGAGAAUGAACCAACUCCUGCGCCUCACAGAUUACUAAAAAAUAAACCCACCAAUCCAAGUCCUUAAUUGCACGCAGAUGUUCCCCUGUCAGAGAAGCCGCAAGCCCCGAAGUCACUGAAGACACUCACUCCCCCACCAGCAAAGAAACGUGUGAUGAUCCGAGUGGAAGUGGAUUCAGGCAGAGAGGUGUCCCAGAGCUCCUGCUAUAUCGUCGACUGACUGGAACACUCAACACUCAUCUACUACUCACUACUCAUUGUUUUUGUAUUGCAGUAUGUCAUCUCUUCAGGUUUCUUUUAUACGACGGAGUAUUAGGGCCAAACCGAAGACAUUUUUUUUUUUUUUUUUUUUUUAAUCUUUCAAGAAUAAAUCAUAAUAUGAUGAGAAUAAAGUCAUAAUUUGAUGAGAAUAAAGUCAUAAUUUGAUGAGAAUAAAGUCGUAAUUAUUGAUCAGCUAAAAACCUGCAGAUUAUUUUGUGAAGUUACAUUUUAAUUUAAUUGGGCUUCACAAAUAAAGAAACACUUAAUAAUUUUGCACUUUAGCACCACAUUAUCUUUAGCAUCAGGACUUUGAAAAGACUGUGAAAGAAACUGAGUCUGUUUGGAAGAAAGAAUCACAAACAGAGACUUGGAGGAAAUAGCUGCUAGUGGUCGACUGCAGACAAUAUAGCUGUUACACCUGUGUUCUGUUGCUAUUUAAUAAUAAUACGUUAGAUAAUGAUAAAACAGAAUCUCGUAAAAUUACAACUUUAUUCUCAAGGAUUAAAUAUUUUUUCUCUUCAGUUUGGCCCAAAUACUGUGUCCUGCUUUUACCACAAUAACACAUUUUUUACACUGCAAUAAGUCCUCUUUGUAGUUUUCUUACAGUAAAUCAUCUUGUAGCUUCUUGGGAGGUUGACCUUUUUUUAUUUCUGUGCUUGAACUUGGAGAUGGAGUUGUUUGGAUGGAGCAGUGUUUUUUCCAGCUUAACUUAUCUCCUUCUGUCCCUGGAUCAGUUUACUCUUCAUCUUCAUCCAAACGUGACGCAAAUAUUUUAUCUUUGUACAACAGCCCGGCUUCGUGGCUCAGAUUCUUCUCUGUGAAGUGAACAAUAAAACGAGGGACAUGUGACACAUG